GACCAGCCCCUCAUUCAGUCUCUGCUACACAGCACGCGCAACUGGUCGUACUCUCUUGGCGCAGCGCUUCCUCGCAAACGUUUUAAUUAGAUUUAGUGGAAAGCCAAACUUGUGAAUUCACCAAAUAUGAAUCGCUGGCAAAAUCGUGUAGCCGUCGUUACCGGCGCCAGUUCGGGCAUUGGAGCUGCCUGUGCCAAAUUGAUUGUGGCCGCUGGCAUACAAGUGGUGGGACUGGCGCGCCGCGUCCAACGCCUGGAGGAGCUCAAGCAAUCGCUGCCCGCCGAGCAGCAACCGCUCUUCCACUACAAACAAUGCGACGUUUCGCAAGAGCAGCAGGUGAAUAAGGCCUUCGAUUGGAUCGAACAGCAGCUGGGUGGCACCGACAUACUCGUCAGCAAUGCGGGCAUACUGCGCGACGGCAAUCUGGUCGAUAUGGCCGUUAGCGAUAUACGCGACGUGGUCAACACCAAUUUGAUGGGCUCCAUUUAUUGCCUACAAAAUGCGAUCAAAAGCAUGCGAAAGCGCAACUAUCCGGGACACUUGAUAUUCAUCAACAGCACAGCCGGUCUGGCGGGCUACAAUCCGGGCAAGGAUGAUCCCAGCUUGAACGUGUAUACGCCGACGAAAUUCGCACUGAAUGCGGUCAAUGAGAUUUGCCGACAGGAGUUGAUCACAUUGAAGACGAAGGUCAAGACGACGAAUAUUAGCCCCGGCUGGGUGUCUACCGAAAUCGUGCCGGACGAGACGAAGGCUCAACUGGGUGAUGUUAUACUGCAGGCCGACGAUAUCGCCAAUGCGGUCAUCUAUGCGCUCUCCACACCUCCGCACGCGCAGGUGCAAGAGAUUACGUUGCGCGCCGUCGGCGAGUGGUUCUAAGGUGGCAUGGGAUUCAAAUACACUCUAACCCAAUAAAAUACUUGUAUAUACAACAACAAAAUAAAUAUAUUUUAGCUAAUUUUUACACAAA